AUGGCGGUAAAGAAGCGACCAAACCUACAGAGCAACACAAACAUCCUGCUUGCCUGUUUAGCGGUAACUGAUCUGUUGACUGGUCUCAUAGUGCAACCAUCGUUCGUUACUUGGAAAGCUUUUUAUCUUCUUAAAAACGUCAACAUCACUGCAGUCAAAGAAGUUCACAACCUUUUUUUACGCGUUCUUACUAUUAGUUCAUCACUCCACUUGAUGUUAAUAACUUGCGAGAGGUUGAUAGCGAUUAAAUAUACAAACCAUUAUUUGUACAUAGUCAGAAAGCGAAACUUUAAGGUAUCUGUUCUUGCAACUUGGUUCUUUUCGUUUAUGGCUGGAGUAUUACGUUACGUAGAAAAUGACAUUUCAAAAUAUACAACGAAAAUUUUGCAUUUUUUUACGAUGUAUUUUAGUGCUAUUUUUAUUUUAAUAGCUUACAUUAUUUUGUAUCGUGAAACUCUUCGUCACCGAAAGAGGAUCAUAAAACAACAGCUUCCACAAGCGGAAAUUGAACGAUUCGUUAAAGAAAACAAAGCACUGAAGACAACUGUACUUGUGGUAGGUGCUAUCGUCUUGUGUUUUCUACCAAUGACCUUAUAUCAGCUCUUGACAACAGUAUUUCGAAAGCCAAAUCAAGUCCUUCUUUUUAGUUCUGACGAGCAGAAGCCAAUUCUUACUAUCGUGGUUCGCACGCUUGGCAUGUUAAACUCUCUUGCAAAUCCAGUCAUUUACUGUAUUCGACAAAAAGAAAUGAGAAAGUUUGUAUUUAGAUCACCAUUCCACGCUGUUUACCCUAUGAACUAAUGCUGAAAUGAUUGUUUCUGGCAAGUGUAAUAUAAAUAUUAAAGUUUUCACCGUCUGUACUAUCAAACACCGAUUUGAAAGGUCAGUUGAUUCUGUGUAGACACAACGAGGAACAAUUCUUUGUAAUUCGUAGAGCUAUUUAUUCUGCCGCAAUUUAGUAAAAACUCAGGAAUGAUCGGAACUUACAGUCCAACAAUAAACAAUUUCUCGCUAGGUAACGCAUUAAGGUGAACUUCUGGUCAGGAGAAUGUGAAUCAAUGAAGCGCAAAAGCCGACACGAACAGCUAUCAAGUAUUGUAUGAACACCCAUCCAAUAUGGACUGACUCCACUUUAGAGAUCGGGGCGGCACCAGAAGCCCCGAUCCGGCAUCCGGUACCAUGUUGAGCCAUCCGGUAUAGUAUGAACACCUAUCCGAUAUGGACUGACUCCACUUUAGAGAUCGGGGCGGCGCCAGAAGCCCCGAUCCGGCAUCCGGUACCAUGUUGAGCCAUCCGGUAUAGUAUGAACACCUAUCCGAUAUGGACUGACUCCACUUUAGAGAUCGGGGCGGCGCCAGAGGGCUUAUCCGAUACCAUGUUUCCUGCCGGUGCAAAAGCCAUCCGCUAUUGUGUGAACAAAGCUGGCUAGAGUCGAACAAAUAAUGGGCAGUCACCAAAUUGAGCAACUGUUGAUCUGUUACUAAAGUUCAGAGAGACUGAGUAACCUUUUUUUAGUUCUUUUCGUCUACGUCUUUAAAACAAUGCUCUCAAAUGCUUUCUUCACAUUGAAGAAUAGCUGGCUAAUAGAUCUUUUAACUGGAGUGGGAAAAUUUGUGGUGAAAAACAUUUGCACUGAUUCAUCGCGGAAACCAGUGAAGUGGGGACUAUAUUGCUGUGUGCUGACAAGACAAUGCCAUGAAACAGCUGAAUAUUAUUGAUGAGAGACGCCGACUUAAUAGUUGGUUUCGUUCUUUAUGGUUUUAGGUAAUGGAAAGAGUUAAAAGGGACAUAUUCCUUUACUAUGUAUUAGAAACAAUACACUUGCAAACAGUUAUGAAAAUAAUAAGUCAGGAAAGAGCAAUUGCUAAUUGAUGUAAUGAGGUUGGACAAUUAUUGAAUGGCGCUUGUGCUUUAAAAUGUUGCAUUUAAAUAAUCAGCAAUAGGCUAUAAAAUCGAUUGUAAUUAGUUUGGGUUACAAAAGAGUUGACCUCCUAACCUGGUUUUCGACGGGGUAUCCUCGCUGGAUACAGCGUUACGGUACCUGACUUUGAAAACGGAAUUGCUUCCAUCAAAAAAAGCGUGUAGAAAGAUAAAUUUGACAAAAAGUCUUGGAUUUCCUUUCGGCUCAAAACAAUAAAAUAAAAGCUGUUUUAGUUUGAAGUGAUUGCCUUCUUUGAGAUCAAUCAAUAUCGGGUAAUAACAUAUAAAACUAAGUAACCCCCAAGACACAAAUUCGAGGUAUAUAUCUAUGUAAUGAUCUUCAAGGGGAUAGUUGUUUUUAAUAAUUACCAAAUCAGUUGGAUAAAAUAGUUCGAUUUGACUUUUUGUAAAUAAGACUGAGUUUAAUUGACAGUUCUUUAAGUGUAUUUUCACGAUUUUGCAGCAAAUUCAAUAAGAAAAUAAUUAUUUACAGGCCUAUCCUAAAAAAACACCGACAUUUAGCCAAAUUCCGUCGCUUUAUAAUUUCUUGGUAUGAAAUAUAAUCGUCGAGGAAUCCUAAAUCUUCGCCUCUUCACAGCUUGCAUUACACAAAUUUGUUUUAUAGUUUCUUGUUUUUGACGAAUGUUUUGGCUAACUGCGUGAAAAGAAAUUGUAAUGAAGUAAAAUUACCGUAAUUGUUGGUACCCCAGCUUUAUUUGUGGUUAUAAUGUCGUCUGCCGAAACUGUCGCGAAACGGGACGCCAUAAUGACUCCUGUCCCAAAACAGUGACUAGGCUUAAGGAUAUUCUGAGUUACGGGAGCCAAUCAAGAGUCGCGAAAAUUGCUAUCUACUGAUUUGUGUAAAAGAACUAUCUAGAAGGAUUUCCCCGAACAUGGAGUUUCCAGAGAAUAUUAUAAUAUCUUUUCUUCCUCAAAACGAUUUCUUGAUCAGAAAUUAAAAAAUCGGACUGCUCAAGGUUAGCGCCCAAUUAACUUUCUUAAACGAAUUUUUAUCAACAAUCACUGCUUAUGUUUAAUUAAAAUAUUUGACUGUAUGCAAGGGAUCAUUUACUAAUGACAACAAUAGAUAAAAAUAUAAUUAGAGAUUUUAAACUGCGUUUAACACUAAUUGAUACAUGAAUAACCUUUUUUGACUAAGAAACCGAAAGUGGAGGAAAAUGUACUUGGAACCAAGACCGGAUCAAAUUGAAGAGGUGGGUAAUCAAAAGUAAUCAGAACUGAAAAUCUCAUGAUCGAUCAUUGGUUAAUUUGUCCUCCAAAUAAAAGGAAGAUCAGAGGACAGUUGUCUGCACAAGGAUUUCACUCAUGAAAUGACAUGGCUCCCCAAUUUUAGCUUCACAAACAAGACAAACGAGAUUUUACAAAAUGCUACCAUGGUAAACGAAACAGGAGGACGCGUUCAACCCCUUGACUUUAGUUUCACCAUUGGCACCAUACUGGCUAUUAACAGUAUCGCUUGUCCUUUCACAGUUUUGCUAAACGUGUUGGUCAUCAUGGCGGUAAAGAAGCGACCAGGCCUACAGAAUAACACAAACAUCCUGCUUUCCUGUUUAGCGGUAACUGAUCUGUUGACUGGUCUCUUGGCUCAACCAUCGUUCCUUAUUUGGAAAACCUUUUAUGUUCUUAAAAACGCCCGUGAUAUUACUGCAGUAGAUGUAGUCAAAGAGAUUCACAACUCUUUUUUACGUGUUCUUACUAUUAGUUCAUCACUUCACUUGAUUUUAUUAACUUGCGAGAGGCUGAUAACAAUUAAAUGUACAAACCAUUACUCGUACAUAGUUAGAAAGCGAAACUUUAAGGUAUUGGUUCUUGCAAUUUGGUCCUUUUCUUUUAUGGCUGGAGCAUUACGUUACGUAAAAAAGGCCAUUUUAAAAGAUAUAAUGAAACUUUUGCAUUUUUUUACGAUGUAUUUUAGUGUCAUUUUUAUUGUAAUAGCUUACAUUAUUUUGUAUCGUGAAACUCUUCGUCACCGAAAAAGAAUCAUAAAAGAACAGCUUCCACAAGCGGAAAUUGAAAGAUUUGUUAAAGAAAACAAAGCACUGAAGACAACUGUACUUGUGGUAGGUACAAUCAUCUUGUGUUUUCUACCAAUGAGCAUAUAUCAGCUCUUUACCACAGUAUUUCGAAAGCGAAAUCAAGUCCCUCUCUUUAGUUCUGACAAACAAAUGGAAAUUCUUGUUAUUGUGGUCCGCACGCUUAGCAUGUUAAACUUUUGUAAAUCCGCUGAUUUACUGUAUGCGCCAGAAAGAAAUGAGAAAGUUUGUAUUUAG